AGACGACGAUGCGCAUCCACACGAGUCAUUGCCAUCUAACGCCUCCUUGGCCUUCUCCGGCACAGGAUAGUGCACUUGUUUCUACACUUGAGUCCACCAACGGGCAUGCUCGUCAACUGCUGUCGCAUGCAUUUGCAUAGAGGAGGACUGGUGCUACUACCAGGCGGCUCGCGCUCGAUCUCUACGGCUUUCCAUUUCUAUCAGAACAAGCAGCUGGAGCUGUAUGCGGCGAAAGAUGCGCAACGGUUGACUCUAAGGCAACUGGUCUUUUUCGGCCGUUCAAUGAAUGAGGACCGUAUUAUCAAGAGUGCAAACUAUGUGCGGACGGAAUUACCAGUCCGCAUUGCGCACAGGCUGCGGGAUAUGCAAACACUCCCGUAUGUGGUAGUGAACCAGGAGAGCGUCUCGGACGUGUAUGAGGCGUAUUGGUCUGCAUUUGACAGAUUCCGUCGGUAUCCGCCUUUAACGACAUUGGCUGAGAACGAUGAGUUCUGCAGAUUCCUACGGGGUCUUCUCGAUGAACACAAGUCGGUCAUCCCGAACCUCUCGCUUGGUCUAUCACUCUCCUCGCCGUACCUCGCGCCAGAACGCCUAGACUCAUUCAUGCGCCGCAUGCUCGUGUCGCGAAUAUCGCGCCGAGUGCUGGCAGAACACCAUAUUGCCUUGUCAAGAUACCUCACGGCGAAACGGAAUGGCGAGACCGUUUCUGACGAUCGUGUCGGAAUCAUUCAUCUGGGAUUGCGGGUGAAAGAGAGCAUCGAGAAGUGUGCCAGAUUCUUGCGGAAGAGACCGUAUGACGCGGACGGAGAUGCCAUUGAGGGCGCCGCGGCUGACGCUCCAUGGUCCGACGUCGUCAUUGAUGGUCACUUGGAUACAAAAUUCUCGUAUAUUCAGGCGCAUCUUGAGUACAUUGUCUUCGAACUAUUGAAGAAUUCUUUCCGAGCGACUCGUCUGCGACAUCCGACCUUUCGCCAGCUUCCCCCGAUACAAAUCACAAUUGUUGCUGGGGAGAACGAUGUGGCCCUUCGCAUAUCCGAUCAAGGCGGAGGCCUCCUUACACCGGAGAUCAGGUCACCGUCUGAUCAAUUCUCCUUCUCACAUAUUCGCAAUCCGGUUCGUCUAGACGUGUCCCGCCUGGGCGCGCUCCGCAGAAUCAGCUCCAGUGGGCGAGGGAUGACUGCUACUGUCGACGAACAAGUGAGCAGUUGGCAGAGUAAAUCAGACUGUGAGGAUCCGCAACAAAACGCAGGUGUCAACCCGCAUCCUAGAAUUGGGAUCGGGCUCCCGAUGAGCAAUAUUUUCGCAACCUAUUUUGGCGGUUCGUUGGAACUCGUCAGCUUGGACGGCUACGGCACAGAUGUGUAUCUCCGUCUUCCAAAGCUGGGCACAAACCUCGAAGGUAUCGAACUGUGGUGAAAAAUGCUUGGGACGCUUACUAUGUUGUGCGACAUUUGAUGUAUUUGCCAGAAUUUUCUGGGCACUACUUCAUGAAUUUGCUGAGGAG